AUGAAAGCAAUUUUAGCACUCUCAUUGAUUUUGUGCGUUUCUUUAGCGUUCGCAAGGCCAUCUGUUCGUACCCAUACUAACUCGAUUACUCUUUUUGAUGUACCACCCGGUGCCGAUGUUACUGACACUCCAGGAGGUGGAGGCGGCGGUGAAGGCGGCGGCGAAGGCGGCGGCGAGGGUGGUAGUGGAGGUGGUUAUUGGAAUGGCAAUCGUUUUGAUUGGUGGGGCACGAAUGGUAGUUCCUACUUCCCGCAAGAAGGAGGUGGUUUUGGAGAAGAUGGCAAUUAUGGCUGCUAUUACAACUAUACCCACUACAACAACACUGGCAUCUGCCAAGGAGUGAUGGACGUCGUUUUUCUUAUUGACUCCUCCUCCAGUAUUACUGAUGAGAAUUACCGGAAAGAAAUUGAUUUUGUAAAGAGUAUUCUUGACUACUACUAUCUCCAUCCGAAUUAUACCCUGGUCUCAAUCCUUGAGUUUUCCACGGACGUACGAGUUCUUCAGGAGUUGACGUAUGAUGCGUGCGAUGUCCGCAAGGCGAUUGAUUCGGAUCGGAUGUCUGGUUUAACAAACAUUGCGAAAGCUAUUGAAGAAGCGCACCGCAUUUUGAAGAACAGUCGCAGCGAUAUUCCGGAUCAGAUCGUGCUUAUCACAGAUGGUUUUCAGACGGUUCAUAGUUCGAUUAAUUGCAAUGAUCACCCCCAUGAUUGUAAUGCGUACGCCAUCGAAAAGGCCCGAGCCGCGAAGGCUGACGAUAUCCAGAUCUAUACCAUCGGAGUGGGUGCAGCAUCGUAUUAUGAGGACGACUUGCGCCAGAUUGCGUCGUCCCCUUCGGACCAAUACUUCAGUUUGGUAGACGAUUACAGCAGCAUUCAAACCGUGCGAGAGAAGCUUCAGAACAGCACAUGUCCCUUGGUGACCCAGAUCCUUCCUGACUGCAGAUGCAACGAAGAAAUGCCGGAUGAGAUCAUGAUGAUCGGUCACGGCUUCCCUCAGUCCGCAUCGAUCUCGCUGAUGUGCCGGUUUGGAGAUUUCCCUGAAACGAAAGCGAAGGUGUUGAAUCAAACGCAUCUGCUCUGCGAUGGUCCGAAGCUGGUCGAUCGCGAAGAAUGGGCGUGGGUGCACACAGCGAACUUUAUGUGGAACGGAGAGUCGAAAGUUCCCAUUAGUCUGCUCUAUAAUGGAGCGUCCAUCGUGCAGAGCGAUGUAGAGUUCACCUAUCUCUCUUGUCCUGAUUAUUCUUAUCUGAUUUGGGUGUUUUUAGGCGUUAUCUUGGUGGCAGUUUUGCUCGCUGUUCUCGCUUAUAUCGCCUCCCACACGAAACCAGCUAAGAAAGUCAUGCCUGUGAAGCAAGCUUCCAAGCCAGCCGCUCCUCCGAAACCGGAGCACGCUGGACAGAUUGAUCUGUCGAUGAUGGGAGUUUAAGGAAUUGGUUUCUCCUCUUCUUUCGAUGGAAGCAUUAUUCGAU